GCAGGAUAUAAAACAAAUAUACCAUGCAUGCCUUCUUCUAUCGACAAAACUCUUCAAAGAUAUUGCCCAUCGCUCCCCACUCCACACCUUCUGAAACCUCAGCUAGUGAAAUAUGAAUGCACAACUUGAUUGAAAAGCGGGGAACGGUGUUGUAGAAAGGUCGCGUGACCUUCGCCCUUUGCCCUACUUAGAAAAGCCUCGCCAGUCGUUGCAAUAUGACGUCAUUGGCACACGCGCGUCUAAAACCUGGCGCGCGGCACGCGCAACUGACUGCAUGACGUCAUAUGACAACAAGUUUGAAAUAAACAAACCUCCUGUCGCCGAAGAACGUACCAGAAAUCAUGUAAGAAAAGUAACAAAAGUCAUCAAAAAUGGCGAUAAUAUUGGAGGGUUAAAACAAAUCGUCAAUCUAACGAAGAGCAGGAGUAUUGCAACGAGAUUUUGGGGUAACAACACCAAGGAAAUACUUCGAAUCUUUCAAGAAAAAUGAAGAAGAGAGUCGUGAAAUUGCGGGAACUUGUCCCUGCUGUGGCAGCACUCGCUGUAGCGGUACUCAUCCAGUCUGCCACCGGGAGUUCUGGGGGAUCGGGACAUACACCGACGACACAAGCUACACAUGCCGAUGAUCAUGAUUUGACAACCCACAAUGGAACCGAAGAGCAUGAUGAUGGACAUGAUGAUGGACAUGAUGAUUUACAUGCCCAUGCCCCGAAAGUGAUUGUCUUUAUAUCUGGAAGCUGUCUCUUUGGUGCCAUCUCAAGGUCCCUCUUUAAGAAGCUGCCGAUCCCAUACACAGUGGUCCUGCUCAUCCUGGGGGCCAUCUUGGGUGUGGUCGCAUCCAACGUCCCCCUGGUCGAGGAGCACACCAGGGACGUGGCCCACAUGGACCCCCACGUCCUGCUCCAGAUAUUCCUCCCUGUCCUCAUUUUUGAGUCUGCCUUUGCCAUGGACGUCCACACAUUCAUGAGGUCUUUCUCACAGGUUUGUAUACUUGCCCUGUUUGGUUUGGUAGUGGCGUCAGUCCUGACUGCUGUUCUGGCAAUGAACCUGUUCAACUACAACUGGAACUUCAGUGAAGCCAUGAUGUUUGGCGCCAUCAUGAGUGCGACGGAUCCCGUCGCUGUGGUCGCCCUGCUCAAAGACCUUGGUGCAUCCAAACAGCUUGGGACCAUCAUUGAAGGUGAAUCACUUUUGAAUGACGGCUGUGCCAUCGUCAUCUUCAACGUCUUCAUGAAGAUGGUCUUCUUCCCUCAGCUAACAUCAACAGUUGGCCAGAACGUCCUGUACUUCUUGCAAGUGGCCGUCGCUGGACCACUGUGGGGCUACGCCGUCGCCAAAGUGACGGUCUUCUUUCUGUCACACAUUUUCAACGACGCCCUGGUCGAGAUCACCAUCACCCUGGCCGCCACCUACCUCACCUACUACAUCGGCGACAUCUGGCUCGAGGUGUCCGGCGUCCUGGCCGUGGUCGUGCUCGGUCUCAUCGUCAACGCUGAAAAGACGUCCAUCAGCCCAGAGGUUGAGGUCUUCCUGCACAGGUUUUGGGAGAUGCUUGCUUACCUAGCCAACACUCUUAUCUUUAUGAUGGUGGGCGUUGUCGUUACCCAGAAGGCCCUGGUCGCUGUUGAUAAGAUGGAUUGGUUCUAUCUCAUCAUCCUCUAUCUUGCCAUCACUAUCAUCAGGGGCAUGGUGAUCAGUCUAUUCAGUCCUAUCCUGUCGAGGAUUGGUUACGGUCUCACCUGGCGCAACGCGGUCAUCAUGACGUGGGGCGGUCUCCGUGGUGCCGUGGGUUUGGCCCUGGCCCUCGUGGUGGAGAACCUGGCCGGGAACGAUGUCAUCGGGAGCAAGUUCCUCUUCCAUACGGCGGGCAUCGUGGUGCUGACACUUGUCAUCAAUGCCACAACCAUCCAGACUCUACUGAGAAUCUUGGGCAUGAGUGACAUCUCCAUCCCGAAGCGUCUGGCCAUGGCCGGUGCCGUGAGACGUAUCCAUGAGGGUCAAAACCGGACCCUCAACAUGCUCAAGUCUGACCGCUUCCUUGCCGAUGCAGACUGGGACAUCGCUACGGCCGCUUGUGAGAUCAGUGACCCGUAUAGCGCCUUGAGUGAUGACGAGAACGCACCAGCUGAUGAAUUGACCCUUGGUGAAAGGAAGAGCGUCUGUCCAGGCUGCAAGGCCAUGGUACCCAACGAACCAUCCCCUAGAGAGUUCGCGGACAUGAUGGAAGAAGCCAGGCUCAGGAUGCUGAAAGCAGAAAAGAUCAGCUACUGGAAGCAGUUUGAGCAUGGUAUGCUUGCCAGGGAGGCAUUGCGUCUCCUGGUUCAGCACGCCGAGGUAGCGGCCGAUGAGAAGGACCAGUUCAUCUUGGUCGAUGAUCUCAAGAAGUCAUGGCAAAUCAAAGGCAUCUACCCCUGGCUGAAACGCAAGCUUGAGGACCUCAUCAGCGAGAAGAAGAUUGCCGCCAUCCCCAUGCCCAAGUACAAACUCGGCAAGCUUAUGUACAAGAUAUGCCAUCACAUGGCCUUCGAAGUCACCAUCAACAUCGCCAUCGUCCUCAACAUCGUGCCCAUCAUUAUGGAGUUUGUCGUUCAGGACAAGAUGGCUUCGGUAUCAACCACGGCUGCGCCCAGUUCCACCGUCAGCUCCGAGCCUUCGAGCCUUCAGAAGAUCGAGGAUGCCCUGAGGAUCUCCAACUACGUCUUCUUCGUUAUCUAUGCCAUAGAAGCGAUAGUCAAAAUUCUUGGAUUGGGUCGUCACUACAUCGUGAGCCACUGGAACAAGUUUGAUGCGUUCAUCCUGGUCGUAGCUCUGGUUGAUAUCAUCAUUGCAGAGACACUUUUGAAAGGCUCAAUCACCAUCAACCUGUCCUCUAUCAAGGUCGUAAAGCUCUUCCGACUCCUACGAGGCCUGAGGAUGCUCAGGCUCACUAAGGCCCUGAUCCCUAAGCUGAUUCUAGUGGUCAAUGGUAAAAUCAACAACCAGCUCAGCCUGGGUUACGACGUCGGCAAGGGCUACAUCAUCGGUGAAGAGGAGGUUGGCAAGAUCAUCGAUCGCAUGGUUGACAACAAGAAGAUCCUGAGAGAGCUCAAACAUAUCUCAGAGACUGGACGACUCCAGGUGGUCAAGGAAUUAGGCCUUCUACAGCGAGAGCACCCAGGCAUUGCCGUGUCAGUCAAGACUCGUCAGGCCAUCCGCACCAUUCUCAACCACUCCCGCGAGACUAUCCAUGAACUCCAGGGGGCGGGCUUGCUUGACGAGAUGGAAGCUCACAAACUGGAAUUGACGGUUGAGAUCAAGAUGAAGAGAUUGAUGAACGCUCCAUCCAGUAUUCCUCCUCCGCCUCCCGAGAACCUUCUCAAGAACGUUUCGUGGCUAGCUGGAGACAUGAAACUCAUCGACUUCAUCAAGGCCCGUGCAAGUCUGCUUCACUUUGACUAUGGUGAAGUGAUCGUUAGAGAGGGUGACGAGUCGGACGGCCUCUUCCUUAUUGUAUCAGGACUCGUCAAGGUAUACUUCAUCACUGUGGAGGACAUGAACAUUGCCAUCGAUACAUUCACCCUCUACCCAUCGCUGGAGUAUCGUCUGUGGCGUGUGGUCGCCAUCAGAAUCGCCACCCCCCUCAUCAUGGAACAGAUGGCCUUUCAGGGCUGGACCCAGGAGAAAGUUAAGUUACAUCUCGAGCGUGGCUACCUUGUGGACCUAGCGGAGUCUCAUUUUCAAUUCAACAUCGAUGCAACCCUGGAAGAUGUCAUUCUUAUCAAUGGCACGGCUUACAAUGCUCAUACGCGUGAAGAGAUCCGGAGUCCCUGCCUCAUCUCGCGCACCGUUCACAAGCUCACGUUCCAGUACACUGCCGCAGAAGAGCCACGCCUCUUCGUGGUGCGGAACGCUGAAUACAACGGGCCUAUUCUGGACGGGAGACUAGAUGUGGACAGCAAACGGUCUCUAAUUUCCAUCACAGAGAUAUCUUCCAACAUGUGCCUGAAGCACGCUGCCGAACUUCGUCAGAAGAACUCCAAGGUGAUGCUAUCUAGGAAAAGCAGUGGCGCUGCUGCAAAGGAGGAAGAGGACUGCAUCCCCAACACCUCUGAUGUGGAGCAGGCAGCAGGGGUGUCACCAUCGGUCCCAACCAAGACCACGCCCAAGCCUAAGAGCUUCCUCCCCAGCCUGGGCUUGUCCAUGUCUAAGGAAAGGGUGAACGGCGAAGCGGUGGAGGAGUCGCCCGUGAAGACAAAACAGGGCGAGGAAACGCCCGAAACGGAGGAAGGCGCGGCCCCUAGGGUCAACGUUUAAUCGCAACAACGCACCUUAAGAACACCAACUUUAAGCUUGAUCAUUUUUGCAUACAAAAGAGUGACAAAAGGAUCUCUGAGCACAACAUAUUUUAAAGUUCACUUACAAAAGAUGUUUUCAAAAAGGAUCUGUGUGCAAAACAAUUUUUCAAAUAUUGCAUUGAAAGGAUACAAAAAUAGAAUGCAACAUUGCAAGCUCUAUAUUUUUCCAAGGAUUUUAUUACAAAGAGGUCUUUACUGGCAAACAAAAUAUGUCUCGCAGAUAAGCCUAGCAAUGUUUACCAAUGCUUCAAGUUGUUUGUGAGAUUUUGUGCUAACAAAGGUACGGAAAGUAUAUUGCAUUGGUUUAAAAAGUAUGCAACGCCAUCGACAUUUUGAAAAACAUGCUCAUUGAUAUUAAUAGUCAUAUUCGAGUGAGCUGCAACAAGAAUACUUCAAAUUUAAAGCCAGUUAAUACACGGCAAAGUGAAUAUAUUAUAUUCAAGGUCCACGGAUUAGUUGUUCAUUAAUUUGAGGAUUUUGAAGAUGUUAAAUUAAUCAUGAUUGGAUAUGAGGAAAGUGUUGGGAAACUAGACAAAAAUCAUGGUGAAACAAUUGAUAUAAAUUUCUUUGAAGUACAUUUUACAAGAAUAUCUUGAGACUUGGAAAUAGAGUCAUUUUGCUUAAAGCAAUGUCUUUCCUGAAAUAAAGAUAAUGAAAUA